UUCCUGUGUCUGAUAUCAGAGCUCAGUAAUGCUCAAUCUAUCAACCACAACAAGGAGAGAACGGUCUCGUUCCAGGCCAACUGUAUUGCAGUUGAGUUUGACGCUACGACAAAUGAGCAUCAAAUCGCUAUACCAUAUGAUGUGGUUAACUGAUAUGUUAAACAGUAAUCAAGGAGAUGUGAGAUCUGGCAGGCGAACUCAAUGUAGUCAGCCUGGAACGUGGCCAACAUCAUGAGUGGGGUUGGAGGAGAGAGAGGGGGCGGGACUUGGUUAUGAGAGAAGCUUUCAGUAGCCAUCAUGUUGACUGGCAGAGACAACAGAGGCCAUAGGGUGGCAGUUAACUGUCAUAACAUCUACUGUCUAUCCACAGGUUAACUGUCAUAACAUCUACUGUCUAUCCACAGGUUAACUGUCAUAACAUCUACUGUCUAUCCACAGGUUAACUGUCAUAACAUCUACUCUUUAUCCACAGGUUAACUGUCAUAACAUAUACUGUCUAUCCACAGGUUACUUUGACACUAUAACUGUUGUUUUGACACCACUAUAAUACAGAAUAUCUCUAAGAGAUGGAAAUCCUAUGUGUUCCUGAGAAAUGUAUGGAACUCAUCCAGUGAUGUCAUUAUCAGUCACACAACCUGACAGACUGUGACCAUGACAACUGACCACACGGUGCAGUGGUAGACUUGGGGUCGAGGGGAGCGUGAGAAAGACAGGAAGGGGGAACGUUAACUCUUUCUCAGCAGCAUCACUUUUAGUUUCAAAUGGCCCUGUGGUGAACCAAGGUAGAGCUGUGUACAUCCUCAUGCAUGUGUACGUGUGCAGACAUGAAGAUCUGUAUGACAUGGUGCACGUAUUAGCUUGGUGCUUCAGUGUGGGAACAUGGUUUGUGGUCAUGUCUGCUUGUAAAGUCAGAUCUCUGACCAGGUAUAAGUAGAUCUUGGCAGACCGUCUGCAAAAACACGUCCUAAAGCUGAACAAUACAAAACAACCUCUAUCGUGCUCCAGUCUGGUAAGUCCAGCUAUCAGAUACCGUAAACCUCAUUGUAAUCUCUGCAUGAUACGGCUUCAUUAAAUGGUGGCAUUGCAGUGACUCCUAUCCAUUUUUAAAUAGUUGAUCAUAUCAAAGCUAUGUUGUAUCAUGUUUUUGUAUUGUUAUGCUGAUUGGUAUGGUCUCCUAUACAUGUUGUUUUACUACAGGUGCUGUUGAAGGCAUGGAGAGAGACAACAUCCUAACCUUUUCUGUGCUGUGUGUCUUCUCUGCUUGGACUCCGGGUGUGGAUACAAAGACGGUCAGUCUCCCUCUGCAUGGUCUAAAACCCAAAAUCCCUUUAGACAUGGCUCCAGACUCUGUUGAUGACUCCUACAAGGGCUGUGAGGAGAAGAUGCUCAGGAAGGUGCAUGACUAUUACCUGAAAACGGAGAGACUAAAAAACAAAGAUUUCAACCAGGCUUGGACCGAUGCUGAGGCCCGUUACAAACCCAAACCGAAAAGAGCACUGUCUAAACUCUAUUCCCUGGCAAUCCAGGUGUAUGUGACUGAAUACUCCCAAAUGUUCAAGUCAUUUAACGAGGCCACUCGUACCCAAAAGAAGAGCUACAGCACAACAUUCCAGUACCACUCCCUGCACUUCCUUCUGACCCUGGCUUUACGAAUCCUGAACAAGAAAAAUAAGCGUUUUCAAACCUUCCGAGGAACCAACGUGUCUUUCCACGGAGUCCGAAAUACUGAAAUGCGAUUCGGACAGUUCACCUCGAGCUCUUUAGACAAGAAAAUCGCUGGUGAACGCUUUGGAAGUCGCUCCUGUUUUGAGAUCACCACUUACCUUGGUGCCCCACUGGGGGAGUACGCAUCUCAGAUGGCUCAUGAGAAGGAGGUGCUGAUUCCUCCCUACGAGGUGUUCAGAAUUACAGAGGUGCUGAAGAGAAAAGACAAGAAAGACCUCUGGUGUGACGUCGUCUACAAACUGCAGAGUACUAAGAAAGGAAAGAGUGACCUGAAAUGCCAGAUGGUUGGACCACUCCAAGGAGAGUAAAAUCAAAACAGCAACACAGCUGUUCCGCUUUCAGUUAAAUAUGAAAUGCAGUUUUUAGUGCAACACCUGGCUUCCCCAUCCACCGUCGCUCCCUCCCACAAAUACAGGAAAUACAGAAAACAUUAGUGGAGCUUUUCCUACUUUCAGAUUGUCAGAUCUGUCCUGUUGUAAAUGUUUCCCACAUUGUUUGCUUAGAUUGUUAACCUUUCUUCUGCCAGUGAAUUGGCAUUUGUUGUCAUGUGCACUGCAGCUUUUGCUAAAAACCUAUAAUGAAAAGCAUUCAGCAAUAUUACAUCUCCUGUCCUAUUUAUCCACUACCUACACAUCCAUUAUAAAGAGAUUAAUUUCAUCUCACUUGAAGAAAAUGUGUUUGUUCUCAGGUUAUAAUUACAAUGGGCUACAAAGAUACUCCGAUUUAAAUAAAGAUAUAGCCAAAGUUAACCUGAAGCUUCAAU